AUGGCAUGUAACCGGUUUACUUACGUUCUGAACGGUUCGUUACGAAAAAUGGUGCCAAUUUUUGGAGUAAUUUUCGACUUGGAUGGCACCCUGACCGUUCCAGUUUUAAACUUUGCUAUACUGAGAGAAAGGCUGAAACGUUUCAAUGUUUCGCACACGGACGAUAUACUAGCUAGCGUAGAGAAGCGAGAAAGUGCAGCAGAAAAGCAAGAAAUGUUACGUAUUUUAGAGGAAUUUGAAGCCGAAGGACGAGAAAAGUUUGCAUUGCAACCAGGAGUUGAUGAAAUGCUGGAGAAAUUUUAUGAAAAUCAAAUAAAGUUGGCCAUUGUAACCAGGAACGACCACAAAGCCGUCGAGCUGUUUUUAAAACACUUAAAACCUCGUUUUCAGGAUGGCAAGAUCUUUUCUCAUGUGAGUAUUGUUCUUUUAGAGGGUUUUUCCUAUAUAUUGAUUAAAGUAUAUACUAAAACUCGAUGUACCAGUGUAGGUAGUACCAAUGUGAAAAUGCUGUGCUGAAUGGUUAUAUUACUACCUUAAAAAACAAGCAGAAACUCGACGUUUCGAGCGAAUUGGGUGGUAAUGGAUGUAAACAUGUUGGCCGAUUAUGCCUAUUAAUAAUCAUGACAAUAAUAGUUAACCAUAAUUAAAUAAAAACAAUUUUAUUAUAAUUAAAAGAAACAAUAUUGUUUAGAUCUUGACGAGGGAUUUCAAGCCAAUAAAGCCAGACCCUGCUCCAGUGUUGCAUAUUUGUAACCAAUGGAAGAUAGAAUGUUGCAACACCGUUGUCGUUGGUGACCACAGACAUGACAUUGAGUCCGGCAAGGCAGCUGGUGCAGGUAUUGAAACAGAUUAAGAUUUGUUAAGAUUUUAACAAACUCUGUUCUAGACAUGGAUUUUCAUUGAGAGUGUGGUGAACCUACAGUGAUCAAAGUGAGAAAAAUAUCAUUUUCUUACUCCUACAAUAGACAAUUCCCCAUUAUAGACUAAUUUUAAAACUAGGCAAGGAGAUGCAAAUAAAUCACCACAGCUAGAAAGAGCAUACUAAAAUGAGUAACAUUGCAAAGUUUGGUUGCGAAAUGUUGUAAAAUGUGGAAAAUAUAGCCUUGCAAGUUUUGUAUACUUUUGUAUUGCGUGCGGAAAUUGCUACCAUGUUCGACCCAAAUGUGGUAGCAAUUUUCGCACGCAAUACAAAAGUAUGCAAAAUUUGCAAACUGUGCAAGGUUAUAUUUUCUGCAUUUAAUACAACAUUUUGCAACCAAACUUUGCAAUUUUACUCGUUUUAGUAUGCUCUUUCUAGCUGUGGUGAUUUAUUUGCAUCUCCUUGCCUAGUUUUAAAAUUAGUCUAUAAUGGGGAUUGUCUAUUGCUAACAUUUCUAAAGUUGAACACCAUCUGCUGGCCUGCAAAACCAAUAUAAAUGAAAUUUCAAAAUAUUUUUAUUUCAAAACAGUGACAGUUCUUCUAAACAACCCAGCCAACACAAAAUUCAAAGAAAAUGCUGAUCAUAAUGUCGACACUUUGAUGGAACUUGUUAACGACUUACAAUCAGAAAGAAUUGUUAAGACAAGUUAAGGUACAGU